CACUCUCUCUCCAUUGUGUUUUUAAUCUAAAAAAAAAUCCAAGAAAAGUGCAUAAAAAGCUCUGUACUUUAUGCCUCUCUCACCCAAUCACUUCACAACUUCUUCAAUAAUCCAACCUUCCCUUCACGAGCGUGUUCAUUGACAUCAGAUAGAUUCGUCUACGGUGACACACACACUCUUGUUACUCGUGUGGUGUUGAGACAGAACCUUACUCACCUAUAUAGCCUAGGUGUCCCAAUUUUAUCAGAAGAUAUUUACUAUAAAUAUCUGAUUUCUCUCACACUGCGAAAAUCCAAAACAUAAAAAAAACAAAACAAAAUUAAAUUAUUAUGAAGAGGAACGGCGAUACGAAACGGCGGAGGAACGUGGCGGAGGAAGCAGAGCAUGGAGGAGAAGAUCCGGCGAUGUGGGAGAAUCUUGACCGGAAUUUCAGACAAGUGCAAUCAGUUCUGGACAGAAACAGGUCGCUCAUCCAACAAGUCAACGACAAUCAUCAAUCGCGGAUGGCUGAUAACAUGUCGAAAAACGUGGCUUUGAUUCAAGAACUCAACGGAAACAUCUCGAAGGUUGUCAACAUGUAUUCUGAUCUCAACACUAGUUUUGCUUCGGGGUUUGGAAAGAACGGCCACGACGGUGGUGGCGCUGCCGGAACCAGAGCUUGAUGAUACCGGAAUCCUAUUGUUUCUUCUUAGUUGGACCGGCCGGUUUGAGAAUUUUGAAUCGGUCCGGUUCAAGCUAUGAUGAUAAAUUAUAUAAACAAAAGUUAUUAUAUAUCUUAGUUUUUAUUGCAAUGAUUGUCGUUAGAAUAAUCCGUGUGGGAGCAAACCCAUCUAUUGGGUUAUUUUAAUUAUGGUUUCGAGUCUUUUUCAAUGUGUCUCUACUGCAAUUUCUCUAAUGAUAAUAAUAAAAAUUAGAUUACUUAUCUUU